AAGAAUAAUUGGUUGCAGCCCAACCACUGCAUUUGAAUAUACCACACUAGUUCAGCUCCUAAUGGGACAGAGUGUGUGGUGUGUGGCAUGGUUGAUGGCAGAGGGAGGAGACAUCCAGCUAAAGAGCAGGUACUGGGAGGCGGCGUCAUCAGAUAGUUUGUAAUUAGUUCCCUCUUCAGAGAUCCUGAGACAGAACCUCCGGACAAGAAGAGGUAGUCUAGCUGCUGUCAAAACUUGGGUGUCAUAUGUUUUUUUUUCUUGAGAUUCAUUCGUGACCCAAAUUUCUCUGCCUUCAUCUUCACUUCAACAGAGGGCCACAGACAACUUUGAUUUGGGAAGAAGCAGCUUGUUUAUUUGACUCUUCCUGGUCCUUGAGCAUGUGAAUUUUGAAAAUGCGUUAGCCUUUAUUUUACAUUUGUGCAUCCUGGGAGCUGCAGUUAUACACUGGAGGAGAACAAAGACGUCCUGAACACUUUUCAGCUGCUACGGGUGUCAUCAGAAGUGUAACACAUUCAUGGAGAAGACACUGACAAUAGGUCUGACUCUUUUCUUAACACUCUGUGUGGACAUACCAGGAGCUGGAGGACAAAAGGAGGGGGCUCAUGGCGAGAACACUCAGAAACGUUCAUCACGAUCGUCAGAUACAAAAGGAGGCCGUUGCUCCUACACUUUCAUUGUUCCACAGCAAAAACUGACAGGUGCGCUGUGUUUGAACACGCAGUCUGCUUCUACCAACCAGUCAGAGGUGGCGGCGCUGCGGGCGGAGCUCAGACGGCAGCAGGAGCAGCUGGAGAAGCUCCGGGGCCAACUGGAGCAGGAGGGGUCACUUGCCACGGAGGUAAGAGCCCUGCGCAAAGAGAGUAGCAGCAUGAAUUCUCGCAUUGCCCAGCUGUAUGCCCAGCUGCUACAUGAAGUCAUACACAAGAAAGAUCAGGCUUUGGAGCAGCAAAGGGUGGAGAACCUCCUGCUAAACGCUACAACACAGGCGCUGCAGGUGUCCAGUAACUACAGGGAGCUGGAGAAGAAAUAUGGAGCCCUCACCUCCAUGAUGAGCUCCCAGAACCAGUUUAUUGCUCGUCUGGAGAAGCAGUGCCAGUGCAGGGACUCCACACAGGCCUCUCUGGUGACGACUGAACCACCCAAAAGCCAGCCUAAUGUGCAUCCUAAUUACAGCUCUGAAGCCAACGAAAUGACCAAUGAUGUUCAAAGAGACCAAAGUGCUCUUCCACCACAGCAGGGAAAAACUAUUCCUUCCCUCCCCACCACUCCAGCCAACACCACAGACCCUCCUUUCAGUAGUUUUCCUGUCACAAAGACUCCAGGGCCUUGGCGGGACUGUCAGCAUGUGCUGGAAUCAGGUGAGACCACCAGCGGGAUCUAUCUGCUCCGUCCACAGAGUGCCAACCGCCUCCUGCAGGCCUGGUGCGAGCAGAGUCAGGCUCAGGGAGGGUGGACGGUCAUCCAGAGAAGACAGGAUGGCUCGGUCAACUUCUUCAGGACUUGGGAGCAGUAUAAGCAAGGCUUUGGGAACCUAGACGGAGAGUACUGGCUUGGCCUGGAACAUCUCUACUGGCUGACUAAACAGGCCCAAUAUAAGCUACGGGUGGCUCUGGAGGACUGGCAGGGCCGGCAGGUGUUUGCUGAGUAUGACAGCUUUCACCUGGAACCGGAGAGCGAUUGGUACCGACUGCGGUUAGGACAAUACCACGGCAACGCAGGGGACUCCCUCUCAUGGCACAACAACAAGGCCUUCACCACUCUGGAUCGAGACAAGGACGGCUAUACCGGCAACUGCGCUCAUUUUCAAAAAGGAGGCUGGUGGUACCACAUGUGUGCACACUCCAAUCUAAAUGGUGUGUGGUAUCGGGGUGGACACUAUCGCAGCCGCUACCAGGAUGGGGUCUACUGGGCAGAGUUCCAUGGAGGGUCCUACUCUCUCAAACGAGUUUCCAUGAUGAUCAAACCCACAUAACAUAGUUGCAUUAUGGAUGUGUAAGAAAGAAACGUAAUGAUGAACUGAUGCAGACAGAUGUAGAGGGCCUUAAAGAAUAUGUUUCAGUGUUAUCCCUGUACAGUGUUGAGCCAGUAAAAAAGGGUCUCUACAUGCUGACUAGAGGCCACGUGAGUAUAGACUGUGAAUCGUUGUAUAAUGACUAACGUACUGUGUUGACAUGUCUGUCCUCUGUUGUGCAAU